AUGAUGUCCAAAAGUGGGAAGAUGAGAUCCGUAAUCCGUGACAUGAAGAACAACUAUGUUGAUGAGAGCUGUGACAAGUUGGUUGCAGAGCUGCAACAGCACUUGGCAGAGGUUGACAAGCACUACGACCGAUGCAAUGACGCAUGGGCUCAGGGUGAAGCGGACCGAUUUACCGGAGAUAAGUGUAGCCGAGCAGCGGCAGCUGAGUUGAAAGCCAGGAAUGCCAAGAAGUACUGGACCAAAAAGAAGGAUCAGUCUGAGAAACAGCCCAAAACUAACAAGCGUCCUAAGGACGUUGCUGAUGGUAAGAAGGUUCCUAAGGAGGUGUUCGGGCCUCAGGUGAAAAAGUUGCCCCUGGAGAUGGCCACAUGCAGAUCUGCAAUCCGGGCAGCGCGCGGCUUGGUAGAUGAUUUGGGAGUCAACCUUGCCAGGAGAUCACCCGGCAUUGUGGAGAUCUCCAAGUGCUCUGAAUCCAAUUCUGAACGAGACAUGCACAAUACGUUGGACAAGUUUGGGCUUGGGUUGGGGAUUCCUCUCACGCCUUUGCCCCUCAGUGACCAGAAAAAGGACAUUCCCGUGCUACGACUGCGGGAUUGGGCUGCUUACCUCUUGCGGUUUAACGUGUGGCAUCUGGUGUGUGGGCUGAUGGCCCCCAAUGAACAAAGAGAAAAGGCAGUGCUCAGAAGUUUUUGGCACAAAUUCAGAUGCCAAAACCCCCGCCACCCUAUCUUCGAACUUGCUGCAGAAGGCAAAAUCUGCUUGGACCGUGUGGCACCAUGUGUGCUGCACGGAGAUGAGGGGCGAGGACAGAAGAGACAGCCCUUCUUGGUGUGCAACUACCACAGCUUGUUGGGGCGUGGGACAAACCUUCAGAAACAACGGAAUGGUCAGAUGAACCUUCGUCGCCGCUUUGUCCAGCACAAUUUGAAUUUCAAAGGGCACUCCUACACUCAUCGUUUCCUGUUUGGGUGCAUGCCAAAGGCGUUCUUCGCGGAUGACAACGAAGAAGUGUUUACCGCUUUUUUGGGACUGGCUGCAGAGGAAGCAUCUCACAUGGCAUUGGAAGGAGCCAUGCACCCAAGGACUGGUGAACGGCACUGGUUCAUGACUCUCGGGGUCACAGGUGAUUGGCCAUGGCUGCAGCGUUCCGGUGACUUAUCCAGGACGUUUAGUCACGUGCAGAAAAAGAGAAACCUGCGACAUCCACCUGUGGGGAUCUGCCGUUUGUGCAAGGCAGGUCAAAAUGAAAUCCCUUUUGAGCAGUUUCAAACUAGACGUCCGAUCUGGUAUAAUACCCUGUUCCAGCAAUGUCCAUUCAAUUCGCCGUCGCCGUUUUUGGCAGUCCCUCAUGUUGCUGAUGAAUUUCCUUCAUUCUUCAAGUUCGACGUUUUCCAUGUGUGGCACCUUGGCCUGGCCAAGCAAUUCCUUGGCGGCGCGCUCGCUUUGCUGUCAGAGAUUCAACCUGCAGGAAACAUUGAUCAGCGCUUCGAAUUGUUGACGCAGGAGUUUUUGGGGUGGUGUCAAUUACAUAAAAAGACGCCCCAAGUCAAGAAGCUGUCCAAAGAGCUGAUUUCAUGGCCGACACAAGGCACAUUUCCCGUUGGAGCCUGGCACAAAGGUGCUCUAACGACAGUGCUGAUGGAGUUUGUGGAAGACCACUACAAGGACGUGGAUUUCUCCGCCAACGGUCUUCUUCAGGAAUGCAUGGAGGCAGUGAGAGCAGGAAACGCAUGUCUUCGAACUUUGUUUUCCAGAGGAGUUUUUCUGAGCAACUCUGACGCUGGAUUUGCUGGCGAAAUGGGAAUGAAGUUUCUACGCCGCUUCGCAAGUUUGGCCCAUAAAUGUAGGGUCCUAGGUCGUAUGCUGUUUCCGCUUCAGCCCAAAGGGCACGCGUUUCACCAUAUAGUGCUUGAGCUGGUUCUAGCAGCCAGCCGUGACAAUCGGUCACAUAUAGUCAACCCGUUGGCCUGGUCAUGCCAGGCUGACGAAGAUUUCGUCGGUCGGCCAUCACGUGUCUCCAGACGCGUCCGGCCAGGUAAGAUUCAAGUUAGGAGGGUGAUCCAACGGUAUUUGAAAGGGGCAUACUGCCAUGGGAUCAAAUCUAAACUGGUUUGCAGAGCUGCUAGAACUUGA